CAGAUCUCUGGCCGAGUUGGUCCUCUCGCUUCGCCUCUUCCUCUCGGAUUUCGCUUCCUUCCUUUCCACAAAGGUUACAAACCAGAACCCUGGCAUGGUUACAAACCAUCCCCACCCAAUGGAUGUGGGACGCCCCUCUUCGGAGUCCAGUUGACAUUGACAUCCCGUCCUUGACCAAGUUCUAUAACCAGCACGACCAUUGCUAUGACACCUAUAACCGUGAUAAACACGACUGUGACGAUGAGUUCCCGGAAUGCCUGGAGACCAUCUGUAGGAGAUUACAGAAGAUGUUGGGACUUGCCCAGAGUGUCCAAGCGUGUGAGAAUACUACAACCCUGCUGUUUGAGGCUGUCAUGUACAUGGGGUGUAAACCCUACAUUGACAGCCAGAGAGACUCCUGCAGUGCACAUGCAAAUUGAUGUCAAGCGUGAUCUAUGAGCUGACAUUUGACAUGUAUUGAGCUUGCCUCAUUCACAGACAUAUGCAAACAUGCAUUUUGUUUUUACAGUAUCCCUCUGUAUAAUGCCACACCCUGAAACAUGUUUUAUAUUAUACUGAACAAAAAUAUAAACGCAACAUGUAAAGCAUUGGUCCCAUGUUUCAUGAGCUGAAAUAAAA